GCGGCGGGCACGGCCGGGCGCUCCGUCCGCUGCUGCUGCUGCUGCUGCCGCUCCACCACCGGCACCGACAGCACCGGGAGCGGGGCCGGGAGCAGGACCGGGUAUGCACAGCGCCCGCCCGGACGAGCUCGGCGCCGACCGGUGGUGCCGGCGCGAAGCAGGGGCGGCGCCGCGGGCGCACAUGCACAGCACGCGGCAGGCUCCGCACCACCCCGGAGGGGCACCGGGGCCGGCCCCCCGUGCCCCACGGCCCGGCUCGGCGGCGGACUCGGCCUGCAGCCUGGAUCCGGGCGGCGAGGAGGAGGACGGGGGGGGCCCGGCCGCCCGCUCCCCCCCGGCCAGCGAGCGCAGCCUGGAGUUCGACUCGGGCUACUCGGAGGCGUCGGGGGGCACGUGGCGGGAGGAGGAGGUGCCCGUGCGGCGCCGGCACCUGCUGCCCUGCCAGCGGGCACACCGGCUCUCCGCCGGCCCCGCUGCACCACCGCCUGCCCCCGCCCGCCGCGCCCGCCCCAAAUCCACCUCGGACGCCUGCCUGGAGCAGUGGCGGGCGCUGGAGCCCGCCGACACGCAGGACUGGACCGUAGCACUGCUGUCGCAGAGCCGGAACCGGCAGCCCCUUGUGCUGGGUGACAACUGCUUUGCUGACCUGGUGGAGAACUGGAUGGACCUGCCUGAAGUGGGCGCCGAGCCGCGGCGCCGAGCCCCCGCCGAGCCCUCCCGCCGGCUGGCCAAGCCCCCCGCCUUCCUGCUCAGCCUCUCGGGCAACGUUCGCCGCAAGCUGGCCAACAUGGCCCGGCCCCGCGCAGCCGAGGGUGCCCGGCCGGGGGGCCGCGAUGCCACCAAGCGUUUCUCCUGCCCGCUGGGGCUGGGGGGGCAGCCCAAGGGUGCCUGCUUCCACCAGUCCCACAGCAACAUCGCCCAGCUGGCCACGGACUUCCACCGCUUCACCGCCCUGAUGAACAGCCGCAGCCGCCAGCCCAUCAUCUGCAACGACGUUAUCGGCUACAUUUAGCCCCGCUGCUGCCGCCCGCACCCCCUCCCUGUAAAUAAACCCCGGUUUUGUA